AUGACUGACGUCGCUGACUUUAUUAGCAAAUACCCUGAUCCUGCGCUGCCUUCUGGCGCAGAACUCCUCCAUCACUCUCAUAUUCCCUUCGCAGCCUUCUUAUCGGCAUACCAGGCCUAUCGUUCCAUUCCCAAGGGAAGGCCCAAUAGAUCUUCAGUUUACGUAUCCGCGAACAUGGCCAGAAAGUCGUUCCAAACGUCUCCAUCGCAGCUCGAGAAGUCUAGCCGGGAAACCUCUCCUCAGUCAAAAGCAUCUUCUUCCCAAAGACUCAGUCCCACCUCGACAUUUCCAAAGGGUUCAACCAUCAGACCCGUCACGUCCACUUCAUCAAACGAGCCGGUCCGGGAGCCAGAAAAUGGUACAAACAAGGUUGACCAUCCACAAUCACCAGUGAUAACUGCUAUUCCUCCAUAUCCUUCAUCACCCCAACAGACCAGCAAACACGCCCGUGAUCCGUCCAAAUCUUUUUUCUCCAACCUCAAAGCAUCGAAAUCUGCUCAGAAAAUACAUCUCUCGGACGCGUCAAGUGGCCAUUCGGGAGAAGAGAAAUCUUCAAUGAGCCGAGGCAGCUCUAGGGAUAGGGCUGGCCGUGGCGCAGUGACGCGAACAUCGCCAAAAUCCGACUCACCUAAACGGACCGACAAACCUAACAGCGAUACAAGUGAAGAUCACCAAUCCCCCCCUCUACGCUCCGCAAGCUUAAAACCAGCAGAAGGCUCCACCUCGACCUUCAACCCACCAAUACUUCCACUACCUUCUUCCUCAGCACCAUCUGCACCUGCAGCGAUACAUUCCCUCAACCCAAAGAAAAGCAAGCCACGAUUUGGGGGUUUGUUGGCUCGCACCCGCUCCAUCCGCGCUGACGACGGUCUACAAAGUCCCCGUUCCGCUGGCCCCAAGAAGCGUCCCUCGAACGGUCUGCUACGUCUUGACGAGACUACUACCGAUACCGACCCUCCACUGAAAACCGCACCUCUGCAACAAGAGCGAACAUUCAGAGAGGUGAUGGGCUCGACUUCCCGCAACCGCUCAGCCGAUCGACCGGCAACCCGAGAUGGAAGUCGGACUCUCUCCUCUAACCAGAAUAGCGGCAACUCUCAGCACUACACCACUACCAAGCGAGAACGGAGCCAUGGGAGCUCAAUGAUGAGCUCUGUGGCAAGCUCAUCGCUGUUUAACAACAUCAAGAACACCUCCAGCGGCGCCGCAGACCGUAUCGGCAAGGCUGGUAAAGGAUUUUUCGGAAAAAUCGCACGGAGUGGUAGCAGCAAUGAGCGAGAAGUCGUCCCGGAUGACAACUAUGUGUGCUCCGUUAUUAAUCUGCCUCUAGUUGAGCAGACACGGCGAACGAGAAUGGUGAAAAGUUUGAGAAAUUCCAAGGACAAGACAGAAUUCUGGAUGCCUGCAUUACCGUGGAGGUGCAUCGAUUACCUCAACUUCAAGGGAUGUGAAGAGGAAGGCCUAUAUCGUGUUCCCGGAAGUGGGAAGGAAGUGAAACACUGGCAACGACGGUUUGAUACAGAACUCGACAUUAAUCUUUUCGAUGAACCCGAUCUUUACGAUAUCAACACCAUUGGAUCUAUGUUCAAAGCCUGGCUCCGUUGUCUCCCUGAUGAAAUCCUGCCAAAAGCAACCCAAGCGAAAAUUGCAGCUGAAUGCCCCGGCGCCACUACCGCACCACAAUUACUUAAAGAUGAGCUUUCCAAGCUUCCUCCAUAUAACUACUACCUUCUUUUCACAAUCACAUGCCAUCUCAGCCUCCUCCAUUCUUACGUCGACAAAAACAAAAUGGAUUACCGCAACUUGUGUAUCUGUUUCCAGCCCUGUCUGAAGAUAGACGGUUACUGUUUCAAUUUCCUCGUCUGUGACUGGAAGAACUGUUGGCAAGGAUGUUGGACAGAGAAGGAGCAUCUUGAAAUCGAGGCGGAGCUUGAUAGACAAGAGAGGGAGAAGCAGCAACAGCAGAAUGGCUAUCCUUUAGAUACCUCCGCAAUAGCACCUUCGAGGACCUCUGGUGCAACGGGUGAUGAGAGGGCCAUCUCAUCGUCCGGUAGCAGCCAGCCACCGCCACAGAUGCAACAAUCGCCGCAGCAAUCGCCGCAACAAUCGCCACGACAACGAUCGCGUAACUCUGCCGAUUGUACGGAUGGAGCGCGUGCUAUACCGCCGAGACAAAACUCGGCUCGUUCUGUUAGUCCCAAGAAGUCUAGCAAAGAAGUGGCCCGCCCCAGCACUCAUUCACGAUCAGCUUCCCAGCUCCCCGAGUUGGGCCCUCCUUUAUCACCUAUCCGAUUCUCAACGGAACUGACAACCUGA